CGUCUUCCAUGGAGCUCUGCUGCUGGGGAGGCGACUGGGGUUUGCCGUCCGUACACGCGGAGUGCCUCGUCGUCUUGGUAACGACUGAUGGGCUGCGCGGGCGAGGGCCUUGGAAGUGGGGAGGGUCAACCGUUCCCAACGCGGUGUCUUCCAGAUGUGUGUUGAACUACAACUACCAGCAGCUCCCAUGCCGGGAAUUAGAGCUCAGUACAUCUGGAGUGCAUCACCUUGGGGAAGACUGUUGUGAAGAGACGUCGCUUCAAGAGGGCGAUGCUGAGGCACCUUGCUUUCUUCCCAUAAGGAUUUGGGCUUAUGCCAGGUUUUCUGGCGCACCAAUGAAAAUAAAUGUUAUAGAUAAUUCAUGGAAAGCACCAAGAGGUAAUUUACCAUUAUUGAUAUUGGAUGGCACUGUUAUUUCUCAGCCAGCAAAAAUAUUAAACUUCUUAAGAAAACGGGCAUAUAAUGCUGAUUAUGAACUGUCUGCAAAAGAAGGAGCUGACACACUGGCAUACAUUGCACUACUUGAAGAAAAAAUAUAUCCUGCCAUGCUGUACACUUUCUGGGUUGAAGCUGAUAAUUACUACAACGUAACAAAACCAUGGUUUGCUUCAAGAAUUCCAUUUCCAUUGAGUUGGUACCUGCCUAGAAAAAUGUCUGGAGAAGCAUUUAACAGGAUCUUGUUGACAAAAGGGGGACCUCCACUCUACAGUCUCACUGAAGUGGAAGCACAGAUCUACAGAGAUGCCAAGGAGUGCCUGAAUCUUCUGUCAACCAGACUAGGGACAACUCCAUUUUUCUUUGGAAAUACGCCUACAACUCUGGACGCCUUUGUGUUUGGCUUUCUUGCUCCCCUAUAUAAAGCACCACUCCCCAAAGUCCAGUUACAAGAUCAUUUGAAACUACUUCCCAAUUUAUGUCGCUUCUGUGAUGACAUUCUGAAUUGCUACUUCAGACUAAAUUUAUCAGUGACCUCUCCAGCAAGUCAGGACACUGUUGAUGCGAAUCUGCAGAAACUCACACAGCUUGUAAACAAGGAAUCCAACUUGAUUGAAAAGAUGGAUGAUAAUCUCCGUAAGAGUCCUCAGCACCCUCCACGUAAACUGACAACUCUCAAACUUUCUGCCACUGGUGAAGGAAAUAGUUCACCAAAUCGCUUAUCACCCUGAGAAUUUUAAUUUCACGUUUAUGCCUAUGUUCAGAUAUAUUUGUCUUCAAUCAAUCUUUGCACUAAUUUUCUAUGUACGUGAAGUCAGAGGGAAAGGUACAUUAACUAAUCAGUGCAGACCCAUUCAGGUAACCAAUGCACUCUGUGGUCAUAGUGGAAGCUGUAAAAGUCCUAAUUGAUCACAGGCAGAAUCAAUGAGCAAUUGGACAGCAGAGUAUGAGGUUCAGCAUAACGCUUGUUCUUUAAGAUUGUUACAUUUCUUGACCAAAAACUAAUAUUCUAUUUGUGGGAAUAUGCAAAUAUAUUCGCAUGUUCUGCUAGAUUAAGCUUUCAAUAUUGAUUGUAAUCAUCUUAUAGCUCAAGUUGGUUGUUGUAUGUUGAAACAGACACUUGAUCACUUUUAGCAUUUUUAUAGAUUUCUAAUAUGGUUGAAAUACAGAAAGAAAAAGUAACAGCUUACAUGACACAAAGAGCAAGAGACUGCAAUUUAAUUGUCAUUUUAAUAGCUUUUUAAAAGCAACAAUCAUGUGAGUUAUUUUAAAACAAAUACAAGUUUUAAAAAGUAAGCUCAUUAAAGUAACAUUGGUGUCAUUAUUCAAAUCUGGAUUCAGAAAUGGAACAAAUUUGACCAAUCAGCUUGAUUGCGUACACAGCUUUGCGAGUGCACUGAUUUUUGCUGAUUCCCUCUACAUCCCCUGCACCACCUUUUAUGCUGCUUCAUGUUUUCUCAACCAUCAGAGCAGCUUUCUGAUGAGCUGCAAAGGGAAAUCACCUUCCAGUGAAAGUAGAAUUGUCCCUGUUUUUCCAGUGAUAGAAGCCUUGUUUGUAUUACCUCUUAGGAAGCAGUGUGCAAAGGCUCCUGCCUGCUUCCUAGGAUGCUCUAGGAACAGGGUUUCUAUGGUAGGAACCAUGCAGCCUUUUCCAAAACAUUUUUUCUUGAAAAAUUUCAAGUAACAGUGUGAGAGGUCAACAAUUUUCAGGAAGGGAGUGGAUUAGAGGAGGAAGGGCUAGAAACCAGGACUAGGUGGUUGAAAACAAGUUUCUGGAGAAAUGCACUUUUAUCUGAUCAAAAUAGCUGCCUGGCUGCUGAAACUCUCUUGGCCAAGAGUCAAACAUAUGUGCAUGUGUGUGCAUGCAUGAGUACCUGCAAAGGCAUAUGGCCUCUGCCAUCCCAGCAGAUAUCCCGUGUGACUCUUGGCACCAGAAAGUUUGUCAGUCUUUGCUGUAGAGAUUGCUUUUUGUGUUCUUUUUCUUUUUGGUUCUUUGCUAAAUUAGGGUACCAACUAUUUAUUGGUAGGAGAGGAAGAUAGAUUGAGACUGGUUUACUGCAAGAAAAGCACUCAGCACGGUGUGCAGGAAGCAGGGUGUACAAUCUGAAAACACUCAAUGUAGACUUCCUUUCUAUUGUUUAGGCCUUAUGGGUGUCCUGUCCUUCUGUGUCAUCCACCUGCCUGGUUGGAAACAGUAUCUCAUGCUCAGCUUCCGGGCAAGUACCAUAAAAUGGCAGCACAUACCGUGUUUCCCUGAAAAUAAAACACUGUCUUGUAUUUUUUUUGGGAUAUACACUAGGUCUUAUUUUCGGGGUAGGUCUUAUUUUUUUUAUUUUUAAUGUGUACAACAAUCCACAC